UGUAUUAAAUGUCGAUUUGAUAAGUGUAUCAAAAUGGGAAUGAAAAAGCAAUUAGUAAAUAUUAAAAAAGUAAAAUAUUUGAAUGAAAAUAUUUCGUCAACAAUAGUCAAUUCAGGCAAACAAUUAUCUGAUCGAUUAAUGACACAACAAUUACCACAAGUAUUGAUUAGUAAACAAAUUGAAGAUUACAGUCCACUAAACGAUAUGGAAAGACAUCGGCUCCGGGAGCUAUUUGACUCAACCCAAGUGUUUGCAUAUUUAUUUAGUCGUAAUCAUAAACAUAUUGUUCAUAUACCAGACGGAUCAGUACAUCAGCGCAUGGAUCAGGUAUACGGUAGACGGGGUGACAGAAACAUUCAACAUGUGAUAACAAUGUGUCGAUCGUUGUCGACAUUCAACUACUUGAUCCAAAGCGAUCAGUUGGCAAUCGUUAAGUACGGACACUCAGAUCUACUUAAUCUUAGAUUUUCAUAUAACUAUCACAUGAAUGCCGAGUGCUGUGAAAUAGCUGUCGACAAAAAUACAGUAUUACUAUUUCAUUAUAAUCUAAUGAAACCUAAUUCAGAAAGUGUAUAUACUGCCCGGAUCAAUUAUCAUCAUUAUUUUAAUCAAAUAUGGGAUCAAGAUUAUAUUAUUUUAUAUUUGUUAAUGGCCAUAACAAUUUUCAAUCCGAGUCGACCACAUAUUACACAUCAAUCAGUCAUUAGAUGUGAACGACAACUGUAUAUUCAUUUACUGCACCGGUAUCUUAAACUCAAGUAUCGUCGGGAAACUCAUACAAUGAUUGCACAGUAUAUGACAGCCCUAUCAUUGUUGAAGCAAAUGAAUGAUAUAUUUAUUGAAUAUUCACAUCAAUUAUAUGAUAAAUAUUAUGGACCACUAAUGAGAGAAAUUCGUGAUUUUAGUUUAAAGUAA